UGAGAGUGAAAUGUCUACGGUAUGGGUCGGGAUGCCGGUCCUCGUCCCAUUCCCUUCUCUAUUUCUCCAUGGCCCUGCAGUUAAAUGGAGAUCUCUAAUGCGGUGUGGCCCAAACCCGUCCCCCUCUUCAAGUCCAAAUUUGAAUCAUACUCGAAUGGAAAAGCCUGCUUUCAUUGUCGUCUUACUUUCAUCCUCUACUCCCACCCGCCAUUGAGACCGCACCAGAACUUUCACUGUCAAGUAUCAACUCAACCAUGCGGUGCUACUUCCGCUCCAACAGAUUCAAACACAUUUCACUUCAUACCCCAAUUUCCAUUGUCCCUCUUCGUUUCAUCUUCGCCAUCGAAACUCCUCUUCAGUCCUACACCGUCACUCCGCCCAUCAAACCUUGGCCGCAGCGUCUGUUUCCCAAGCGCCUCGUCGCUAUGAUCAGACGCCAACAGAAUCUCGACCUCGCCCUUCAAAUCUUCCACUACGCCGGCAAAUUUCACCCCGCUUUUUCCCACAACUACGAUACUUAUCAUGCCAUCAUUCAUCGUCUCUCUCGCGCUCGAGCUUUUGAACCUGUUGAGUCUUUGCUCUUGGAAUUGCAGGAUGCUGGUAUCAAUUGCAGUGAGGAUUUGUUCAUUACUGUGAUUAGAAGCUAUGGGCUUGCUGGUCGGCCCAAAAUGGCUCUGAAAACGUUUCUACGUAUUCAAACCUUCGGUGUUCGACGCUCGGUGAGGUCGUUGAACACGUUGCUCAACGCUUUGGUGCAGAACAAUCGGUUUUCUUUGGUUCAUUUGUUGUUUAAGUAUUCCAAGUCCAAAUUUGGGGUUGUGCCUAAUGUGUUUACUUGUAACAUUUUGAUUAAAGCGCUUUGCAAAAAGAAUGAUGUUGAGGGUGCACGGAAGGUGUUUGACGAAAUGCCUGCCAUGGGUAUGGUUCCAAAUGUGGUUACUUAUACUACAAUCUUAGGCGGUUACGUUUCAAGAGGUGAUAUGGUUGGUGCAAAGAGAGUUUUUGGUGAACUUUUUGAUCAUGGGUGGCUUCCUGAUGCGACUACUUACACAAUUUUAAUGGAUGGGUACAUUAAGAAAGGUAGGUUUACUGAUGCUGUAAAGGUGAUGGAUGAAAUGGAGGAAAAUGGGGUCGAGCCAAACGAUGUUACGUAUGGAGUCAUUAUUUUAGCUUAUUGUAAGGAGGAAAAGUCUGGUGAAGCACUUAACCUGCUUAAUGAUAUGCUUGAAAAGAAGUAUAUUCCAAAUUCUGCACUCUGCUGUAAGGUGAUUGAUGUUUUGUGCAGUGAGGGGAGGGUGAAGGAAGCUUGUAAGCUGUGGGAGAAGCUUUUGAAGAAAAACUGUACUCCAGAUAAUGCUAUUACAAGUACUCUUAUUCAUUGGCUUUGUAAGGAGGGGAAUAUAUGGGAAGCAAGAAAAUUAUUUAAUGAGUUUGAAAGCGGCACAAUUUCGAGUUUAUUAACGUAUAACACGCUCAUUGGAGGAAUGUGUGAGAUAGGGGAGUUGUGUGAAGCCGCUAGGUUGUGGGAUGACAUGUUGGAGAAGGGUUGUGUGCCUAAUGAAUUUACUUAUAACAUGCUGAUAAAAGGAUUCCUUAAAAUUGGUAAAGCUGAGGAAGUGAUUAAAGUAGUGGAGGAGAUGUUGGAUAAGGGAUGCUUGCUAAACGAAUCUACUUACUCAUUAUUGGUUGAAGGGCUCCUCAAAUUGGGAAAAGGAGAAGAACUUUUUAAUAUUCUUUCGAUGAUUAUCUCAAAUGGAGCCGUUGACUUUAAAGCGUGGCAUUUUUGUAUACCGCAUUUUGUUUCUAAUGUGAAUGAACAAGGAAAUAUGCUCGAAAAAAUAUUGAUCGAAACUUUUAGGUAGAAAUUCUUUACACGCACAGAUCUACCCAUUGCGUCAAAGUGGAGGUAAACUGUUCAAAGCACUGAGCUGCCCUGAAGGUUUAGCAUUUCAUGUAGAGAAUGUUCUGUACGUUGAAAUAUUAAUCCAUUCUCUCUUCUGGCCCUCUAGGUUAAGUGAAAGAAACUACUAAAACAGUUGUUUGUUUGCUCCAGAUAUUGAUUAGUACACUAUCUCAGAUGAAUAAGGUGUCCGGCAGUGUUAUCGAGAUAUCCUUUAGAACAUAUUUGACGAAUGUUUUACAGCACAAUUGGGCAUUCAUCUUUUGGAACUGAGAUUUUUCAGAUGUGUGAUGUGCCCAUUGGAGUGUACAAAUUUUCUCAUCAAGAUGGGAUGGGAAAAGGUUGAGUUUGGCUGCUGCGAGAGUGUGCAUGAAAGCUUUGUCAUCAACAGGAAUCCUUGGCCACCGAUCUGCUCAGUUGCAAUGACAAGGAAAGGCCGAGUCCAAGACAACCUAAUGAAGGGAGAACGGGUAAUGGCACAUCGAGAUUCUUCAGAAUCUAGAAAAAUUCAGGUGGAAUAACUAUUUGAUGUGGAUUGAAAGAUCUGUCUGGUUUUUUAUAAUUACCAAUACAAUUUUAAGGUAGUUUUGCAGCUUCCCUUUCGUAUAUCAAAACUAUGCGAAAUUGCCAACUACAUUAUGGUGGUUCUUUUGAAUAAUUUUUUAUAGUAAAGAAGUCAUCUGUUCGAUCCUUUUAAA